AUGUGUCCAGGAGAUUACAUAGGGGGUACGAAGGCUCGAGAUGUUAAUGGGUAUAAGCUUUGGUAUUCGAGGGAUGUUAGAGGAAAGAACGGGGUAGGUAUUUUAGUUGAUAGGGAUCUUAGGGAGUUAGUGGUGGAUGUCAGGAGGGCGAAUGAUAGGCUGUUGAUUAUUAAGCUAGUGGUUAAUGUGUUCACUUUUAACGUGAUUAGUGCUUACGCGCCUCAAGCGGGACUGAGCGAGGAGGUCAAAAGGUUUUCAGAAGAGGGAAGAUCACCUGGUCACAUCCGGAGUAGGGUUGCCAGGACUCAGAUUGAUUAUCUUCUCCUCAGGAGAGGUGAUACGGGCCUUUGUACGAAUUGCAAGGUUAUCCCGAGUGAGUGUUUGUCGACGCAACAUAGGCUCAUGGUAAUGGACUUGGAGGUCAAGGGAGCACGGAAGAAGAGACCGGUGUACGACCAACCUAAGAUCAAGUGGGGAGCCUUGACUAAGGGAAAGGCUCAGGAGUUGGGGGAGAAACCGUUGGCUAUGGGAGCCUAG